UUAAAAAUUUGAUGAUAUAAAAUUUCUGUUUAUAGAUGAAAGUAUAAACUAAAGGUUUAGUUAUAAUUUAUAAUUACACACACACAAAAAAAGUAUAUAUAAAUAAAUAGUAUGGCAGGAGCUGCUCUAAAACGACUAAUGGCUGAAUACAGGCAACUAACAAUUAACCCCUCUGAUGGAAUUUUGGCAGGUCCUGCAAAUGAAGAAAAUUUUUUUGAGUGGGAGGCAUUAAUAAGAGGACCAGACGGAACCCCAUUUUCUGGUGGAGUCUUUGUAGCAAAACUGAUAUUUCCGCAUGACUACCCUCUUAGUCCACCAAAAAUGAGAUUUCAAAGUGAAAUGUUCCAUCCUAAUAUUUACACUGAUGGACGGGUUUGCAUCUCCAUACUUCAUGCACCAGGAGAUGAUCCAAUGGGGUAUGAAACAAGUGCUGAAAGAUGGUCUCCUGUUCAAUCUGUUGAAAAAAUUCUUCUUUCUGUUGUUAGCCUGCUUGCAGAACCGAAUGAUGAAAGUCCUGCUAACGUCGAUGCGUCGAAAAUAUGGCGCGACGAUCGAGAAAAAUUUAAUAGAAUAGCAGACGAAUGUGUUCGUAAGUCUUUGGGGAUUUUAUCUAAAUGACUUGUCAUUUACGUAACGUCAUAGAUAGUAAUGGAGUCAGUACAAGCAUUUUAAUUUCAACUGUGUUGUAGUUGUACUCGUAAAAAAUAUAUUUUUAUGAAUGAA